GCGUGGGAUAGUAGCGGGCGCGUGGUGUCGCUGCCCACGCUGUCCAAGUUCUGCGAGUCGCGGCAGCACGAGCCGCGCUCCGAGCAACAGCUGCGGGACAUCGUGCAGAGACACGAGCCAGACCCCACGCUGCGGGCUGAGUGCUGCUUGUCUUUCGAGGGUUUCGUCCGCUUCCUCUCCGACGAGGACAACUACGCCUUCGUGCCUGAGCUACCGUCCACGACACUCGGGUCGGAUGCCGGCGGGCAGCUGGCGGGUCCUCUCAGCCAGUACUACAUCGCCAGCAGCCACAACACCUACCUCACCGGCCACCAGCUGAAAGGAGAGUCCUCAGUGGAGCUCUACAGCCAGGUUCUGCUGACGGGCUGCCGCUGCGUGGAGCUGGACUGCUGGGACGGAGACGACGGCAGCCCGGUGAUCUAUCACGGACACACCUUCACCACGAAGAUCCCGUUCCGGAGGGUAGUGGAGACUAUCGCCAGAAGUGCCUUCGUGACCUCUCCGUACCCUCUCAUCCUGAGCAUUGAGAACCACUGCAGUUUGCCGCAGCAGCAGGUCAUGGCGAGCACGUUUGAGACAGUGUUCGGAGAGCAGCUGGUGACGUCAUUCCUGUUCGACGUGGACUACUCGGACGAGCCGCGCCUGCCCAGCCCCGACCAGCUCAAGUACAAGGUGUUGAUAAAGAACAAGAAGAUGAUGGCGGUGGAGUCGAGCCCCACCAUGGCGGGGCCCGGCGCCGCACCUGCGUCGGGAGCCGGGGCCGCCUCCAGGGUGAACGGCGGGCGGGCGGCGACCAGCGGAGCCGUCGCGGGCAGCCGCACCAGCUCGCUGCUGUCGCACCAGUCCGCGGCGUCCUGCCUCACCGACUACCUGUCCGACGAGGACUACGACGACGACGACGAGUUCGAAGAAAAGGAGCUGCAUAAAAUACUGAGUUCAAUGGAAGACAAGACAGGCCGCACCUCCCUGUCGAUGUACCACAGCCCGCACAGGGGUGAGGGGGACGGGGAGGCGGGCGGCACCUUGAAGCAGGGUGCCAGGAAGAGGAGCAACCAGGUGGCGCGGGAGCUCAGCGACAUGGUGACCUACGUGCAGGCAAUCAAGUUCCGAGGUCUGAAUCCUCUCUCGCCGCGCAGCUCGGUGAGGGAGUCGAUGACGAGGAAUGCCGCCGUCAGCUCGGUGAAGCAGCAGAUGAUGAAGGAGGCGGAGCCCGGCAGUAGCUUUGAGUCUUCGGAGAGCAGCGACAGCACUGCCACCCAGUCGACGGGUUGGUCGCGGCGCGUGGCCCCGCAGCAUCCCUGCUACCGCUGCUCCUCCGUGAACGAGGCCAUCGCCAAGAAGAUCUGCCGCAAGCACCCGCUGGCGCUGGUCGCGCACACCGAGAGCCAGCUGGUGCGCACCUACCCCGCCGGGCUCCGCAUCGACUCGUCCAACUUCGACCCGGUGCUGUUCUGGAGCUGCGGCGUGCAGCUGGUGGCUCUCAACUACCAGACGGAGGACGCCGCCAUGGCGCUCAACGGUGCGCUGUUCGAGGCCGGCGGCGCCCGCGGCUACGUACGCAAGCCGCGCGUCAUGUGGGACCCGCACCACAUCGCAUACCGCCGUUUCAACCCCAUGGAGAAGGAGUUCGAGGGUAUCCUCGCUAAGGAGCUGACGCUGCGCGUGGUGUCGGGCCAGUACGUGGCAGAGUGCGUGUUCAGCUUCUACAACGUGUACGUGCACGUGGAGGUGGCGGGCGUGCCGGCCGACUGUUGCCGCGCCCGGACCGGCGUGGCGCGGCGCAACGCGCUCAACCCCGUCUGGGACGAGACCUUCCACUUCAAGAUCAACUUCCCGGAGCUGGCGUUCGUCAGGUUCGAGGUGUUCGACGCCGACACCAACUACAUGCUCUCGCAGCGAGUGAUCCCCGCGACCUGCCUGCGGCCAGGGUACCGGCACGUCCGGCUGCGUUCCCCGACCAAUCAGCCGCUGAACAUGGCGUCUCUUCUGAUCUUCUCGCGCUGCUCGGAGGAGCAGGCGCCCCCCGCGGCCUGGGGCUCCCCCUCCGCCCCGCCGGCGCGUCGCAAGCUGCACUUCGUGGUGGUCCACGCGCCGCUGCUCAGCGAGCCCUCCUGCAUCCUGAAGGUCACGCACGACACCACAGCUGAUGAGGCGAUAGGGCAGGUCCUGAGCCGGGCGGGCGCGGCCGCGGGCUCCCGCGCGGAGUACGUGCUGGUGGAGGAGGUGGCGGGCCGCUCGCCCUCGCAGCGCGUGCUGGCGCCGCGGGAGCUGGUGCUGGGCCUGGCGCCCGCGGCCUCGCGCCUGCUGCUCAAGAGGGUGGGCGACGACCCCAGCAGCCGGGCCUGGCUCACCAGCAUCAGGUCAGCGUCGGCAGAGAAGGCUCGCGAGCCGGCGGCGACCCCCGGAGCCCUGGAGCCAGCCCCGCUGGAGAGGCCACCCGACAAUUUCCUGGUGUGUGUGCACAACGUGUGCCACGAGAUCCCCUACGCCAUCCUCAAAGUGCCGCUGUCAGCCACCGCCUCGUACGUCAUCCAUCAGGCGCUCACCAAGGCCAGGUGUACUGAUGAUCCUAAGAGGUUCGUGUUGGUGGAGCUGCUGGAGUGGGGCGGACGGAGCGGCGUGCAGCAGCGGACCCUGGCUCCCGACGAGCUGGUGUACGAGGUGCAGGCGAGUUGGAAGACACUGGGUCGGUUCCUCCUGCAAGAAAAAGGCAGCUCAGCUCCGCUGCCCCGACACCGAGCCUGCAUUGCCAGGAUCCAGCGCGGGCUCAGCAUCACUCGUGGUGCCAUCACAGGCAGCACGGGGUUCCCGCUGGUGAGCAGCGUGACGUCACAGGAGCCCCCCAUCGCGAAGACCCCCGUCCAGAUGGCCUACAGCGACCCCACUCACUGCAGACGGGUCUCGUCCGUGGGCGGCGAGGGUGUGGGCGCCUCCAAGGGCCACUCCGACAAGGACAUCAGGUUCCUGCAGCGGAUGGCCACCUCGAGGGACAGUGACAGUGAGGGGGCGGGCCGGUCCCUCAGUGCGGAGGCCCUGGCGGCGCAGGUGGCUCGCUUCAAGAGACUCUCCUUGAGGAAGCUGCGGGCGUGGCGAUCCUGAGUGUGGCAGGUGUUCCGCCGGCUCGGGACGAGUUUGGCGAACCAUCGUGCAUCACUCUCGUCAGAGUUAGGAUCACUUUGGGACUUCUUCAAGAUAGACAAAGACAGACGGCGUUCGCAAGGUACAUAUGAUACAAUCGAAUCAAAAUCGCCAGUUAAACUAGCGAGAGACUUAUUGCAAGUUGUGCAAGAAACUGUUUUUGCUAAAAAAUUUGAAGAAAAACGAUGUCCCAUAGUAAAAGAAGAAUCGGAUUUGAGUUCAGAUGAAGAAGAAGGAACGGAGAAGAGAGUCGCUAAUUUGAUAGACUUCUUCUUCACAAUCGUCAAGAGUCAAAAAUAUGAUAGAAAAGGCAGUGGAGGAAGCUGUUUUAAGACAGAAGCGAGCACUGAAGAAGUGUACGUUCCAACUAAAGUUAAUACGGAACUUGAACAGAAAAUGGAAACGCUCAUAGAAUUCCUCGCGUCAAGCGGCCAUGCUGAAAGUGAAGAAAAUAAAGAUGACCACAAAAUAACACUGAUGGAGUUUCUAUUCGGUUCGGACGAGAAGUGGAACAAACCAGUAAUAGAGAUCACCGGAAAGGCAAUGAGUCUCUCUGAAUCAGACAUUAACAUCAGAAGCAUGUCCUACAUAGAUGAUAGUCCUGACGACAACACGCUUGUCGAGAUGCUGAUCAAAUACAUGGAGACCUACACCACUAAAGAUAACAACUUGUCUGUGACUCCGCUUUCCGAAAAAUCCAAGUCUGAGACGACGAUCAGUAAGCUGGAGACCAUCAGCGACUUUAGCAAAACCAAAUCAGACUCUACUCUGCACACGCAGGACACCGUGAUAGAUAGGUUCGAAGAUCGCAGCCAGUCCAGGAGGAUAUCAGAGACAAUGGUAGACCUGAGUCAGAUCAAAUCAGACAUAGAGGAGAUCUGCGAGACGGCCGUCCGGCGCGUGCAGGAGCUACAGAUGAUGGAUGACACCAUGAGCGAUCAGGAAGACCUUGACAACUACAACGCGUACAUGAACCCUCCACAGUGCAGCUUCAGUUACCCUUACAGCGUUGAGCUAUCCGAUAUCUUAGAAGAAGACGAGCCGUCUUCUAGAGUGGAUAGGAAGAUGUCUCAAGAAGAUCGUGCGACGCAGGCUAGACUAUGUGCCGAUGAAUUGCUGAGGUAUAUAGAAGACAGGAUUCAGAGUUAUCCGUUCGAUAACAGUUCGGUGCCCUCCACGGAGGAGUUCAGCCGCGAGUUCGACUUGAGUCCGACUCAGAAAUCCCACAGCUUAGUAGAUUUAAGAAACAUUCCGGACCUGCCACCGAGUUUUAUAUUAAAGCCCAAGGUCGUGAGAGUCGAUAAAUCGACAUCCACUACCGAUAUGUCUGAAUCGAUAUCCGAAUCCAAACGAAUCGAUACUUCCUGUAUGACGGAGGACACGAACCUCACUUCAGAGAAGAGUGAGCGAGCGCUCGACAAACUGGAGUCACUGCAGCGGUUCUUCUCUCGAUCUCGAUUGGAAAUAAUCGAUGAAGGGUUGGAAGAGAAUGGAGAUAGAAAGAGAAAAGAACAAAAGAGUGAGAAUAGCAAGGGACAAGCGAGUCUAGACGAUGUGGAGGAUUUGAUGGACGAUAAUGAAAGAGUAGAGAGAGAAGAUGAUACGAUUAAAACAGAGGUAGAUAGCGUUAUUAGAACAAGUAAUAUUUGAAAUAAUAGACAUGAGUUUGUUAUAAUAAUCGCACAAUAUACCUGAUAUACUAAAUACCUUGUCUCAUUACAUUACAUACUCACCCCGAGAUGAAGAAGGGAUUAUUUAAAACUCAAUAUUUGUAUAAAUAAUUAUAGCGAUAUUUGGAUACAUUUGAUAAAUUGUAUUAAAUUUUCAAUAAAGUUUAUAUUUAGUCUAGCCUAGUUAUAUCAUAUUCUACAUCACCUAGUUUAUACUGGGAGUCACACUCAUCACCAACCCGGUGUUUUACAUUAUAAUAUUAGAAUUGCGGCAAUCAAUAAAUAUUGUGGGCGGGAACCUCAAACAUUUUGAACAUUUGCCGGCUAAGUCGGUACAGAUAUUUCGGAGACAGCCCGUCUCGUAAAAACAGAAAGAUUAAAAUUUCAAAUAUCGUCUAUAAGGAUUAAAAGCAUUUACGAAUACUUUUUUUAUUAAACAAACGGCACUCCAAUUUCAUUCAGUGCAUAGAUUUAGUAACAUUUUUUACAACAUAUUAUUUAGCAUAAUAAUAAUAUGUAAUCCUCCUUAUAAAUAAGUCUUAUAUUUUAAACUGAACAGUCUUCAUAUUAAACUUCAACUACAUAACUUCAUAUUACAUUGUUAAGUUUGUAACUAAUCAUAGUGUCGAUAAUAAUCGGUAAUACAUUUCCACAGUCUGGUCACCAUGGUGAUUCACUGCGGGUUAGGUUUCUCAUUAAACUACUUAAUGUAUGUAUGUAUGUAUGUGUGAAACAUGAAAGACCAAUAUAUUAGCAAGUAUUAGUAACAAUUAUGGAUAAGAUAUGACGCUUGUAUAUUAUGUAUGUAUUCAGUUGUAAAACGAUAUGUUUUCA